AUGCACAGCCAUUCGAAGCUGUUUUACAAAACGCUUCGUCCGUAUUGCCUUCCUCGCAAUAUUUCCUUCCAUAGACCACAGUUGCUCUUUAGGGUUCCUCUAAGGUUCAUAAGUAUCAGCAAGAAUCUUUCAAAGGAUCCUUAUGUUCUGCUAAAUGUAGACCGUGAUACUGAAAUCAAGGAUGUGAAGAAGGCUUAUUUCAAGUUAGCUAAGAGAUAUCACCCAGAUCUGAACCCUGGCAAUGAAUAUGCAGAGAAAAUGUUUAUCCUAGCUAAGGAAGCCUUCAGGCAGAUCGAGAUGGAUAAAGACCCCUCCCUUAGGAAGAAGAGAGAGGAAGAGCAUAGAACUUAUGAGGAGGAAGAUAAGAAAGACGGAUUUAAGAGCAAAAGACCUAAUAAGUUUUAUGAACAGUUCCAUGAAGAUCCCAAUACAGCAGCAGAAGCUCAUCAGGAACUCAAAUGGAUGCGCAGGUUUAAUGUGAAAGAGCAUCGUAGUGAAUUCAUGCCAAUGCAUUACAGAAAUAUUGACAGACAUGGAAUGAGCUAUAUGGAGAAAGAGAAGGUCAAACCCUUCGACAGAAUUAAGUUUCCUAUCGUUAUAUUCUUCACAAUAGUUGGAUUCAUAGUCUUGGUAAUGGGAGCUCAGAAACAGCUUGAUAGAUCAGAAAACUUCCUAAGCAUUUCUAGGAAAGCAAGGCUUAACUCGAUGAAAAAGUCUAAGAUGGUUAUUAGGGAAGAUGAAAUCAGUACGAUUGAACAAGAAGUGGUUGAGACAAAGCAAUAUCAAAAACUCCAGGAUGAGAAGAAAAAUCUGAAAAAAUCGAUUGAUGGAACCAAAACUUUUGUGAGAAGACAAAAUUUUCAACCGAAGAAGCAGGAGAUUAUCCGUUUAUCUGACAAAAGAUAGCUGAGAAUAUCCAUCCUUGUGUGAUAA